GUUCGGAGGUUAGCCAUUGGCUGCAGGGGGCGUAGCAGGAAGAUAGAGUCAGUGCGAGCUGCGGCGUAGCGGAUCCCGGAGGCUGGAAACCCUCCCUCCUCUGUCACCCGGAGCCCUCCCACCUUCACUUCAUCCCCGCGGACGGACGGCCGCCCUCCCCGGACCUGUGCCCGGAGGACUCACUGCGUGACAGGUACACGCAGUGGCCACCAUGCUUAAACAGGAGCAUUAUCGUUUCUAUGAAGUUUAACAAAAACGCUGUGUUGCUACUUAAGACCAAAGUGUAAGACUUGUAUAGCUUCACAAUGGAUAGAACACAGACGGGUUGCAAAGGGCAAACCUUUUUGAAGGAUUUAAACUGCCAUGGACGUAUUCAGAAUAGAGGAAUACUCAACCAGGACUCUAGAAAGUCAUACCACCUUCAUGGGCAGCUCUCGCCCAACAUGAAAAAGAAAACCUGCAGUGUUGUUCUCACCAGGCUGGAGGAUGUGACUGGCUCUCGUAUGAUGGACAGUCAGGGUGGAACAGCACCAAAUAUUUCUUGCUGGGUGGAUGAAUUUGGAACUCUUAAGGUUCAUACUGGUUUGCCCUCAGACUCUCGAAGGAUAAGUCCAAAAGAAAAACUUUUCACGGGGCUAUCUGCUGGAUCUAUUUCCAAAAUGGACUUCCAAGAACCCCGCAAACGACGGAUAGCUUCUCUCAAUGCUGAAGCAGUAAAUAAUUUACUUUUUGAGAGGGAUAUUAGGAAUAAUUCUUCCAGGAAAGUUAACAAAAAUCUAAACAAACCUGGUGAGAACUGCAAAGCCACUGUACACUGGACUUCCCCAAAAAGGGCAGACAAUGCACCUCUUGGUAAAAAAAGCAAACCGAGAUGUUUGGCCCGUAACAGGUCGGCACCAUCGGACAAUGUAUGUGAUGAUACUUUAAAGAGAGAAGAUCAUGAAGUAUCUUAUUCUCCUGCUCCAAAGAGACUGGCAAGUUUGAACGCGGUGGCUUUUUUGAAGCUAACACAUGAAAAAGGUUAUCCUUUGAAACAAAGGAGCAAGUCCUGUGGAGACAAUGGACAUUCUUCCAGCAGUUGCUCAAAGUCCAAGUUGAAAUCAAAAAGGUCUCACAAAAAGAAUUGUGUCAAGCCUAAGAAAGACUUACCACAUAGGAAGACAGAAGACCACCAUAGCUUGCAAGGGGGGUCUAAUCAGACUGGAUUUCUUAAACCAGAGCUUCGAGAGUCUACAAGGUCAUUGGGUAAAAAGGAGAGUGUUCAUGUGGAACAGUCUUCCAGCUGCCACGAUGGCUCAGUACCUUUGUACCACAGACUGCCUUUAUUAAUGGGAGGACAAGCUUCCAUGAAGCCUGAGUAUGGAAGGCCAGGUGAAAAGUCUCCCACUCCCAAACAAGACUUCCAGCAGCCUUCUUUUCCAGUACAGCAACUUCAUCGCUUACCAGUUCCAGGUAGCCACACAGAUUGUGUCUGCUUUUAUGGCUCACCGGAUUUGGCUUCUUCAUUGGAUGGAACCUACGUUUCUUAUGGCCAAAGUGGAUUACCUUAUAAUGGGUAUUCGGAUUUUUCCACGUACCCUAAAGACGAAGUGUUGUCACAGCCAGAGCACUGCGAAGAACUCUUGGUGUCACAGAGCUCUUUACACCCCAGUGCAAUGUUUGAGCAUCUUCCAUGGUGCAACUCUCGCUUUUCCUAUGGAGAAGACACUGGGACUAAUACAGAUAGCCUUUGUGGAGUAGUACGGCUGCCUUUUGGCAGGGUUUUCAACACCCACACAGGACAUAAUGGCUAUCCAUACAAAAAGCCUUUAACAGCAGAGGGAUACAAAUCACUGGACCAGCUCAGCAUACCAAUCCCCACAGCAGGUCACCCAGUGUCUCCUGCUCACCCACACUCAGGAUGCCCUGUUCCCAGUGUUCCACCUGCUGCUGAGCCUGUCCCCUACCUGCAGACCCCCAACUCAGAACCUCAGACAAUGGCCAUGCUGAAAACUGCUCGGGAGUGUCCGCAGAGCUCCAAGCCCCCAAGUGGUUCUAAGUCAGGAGUCCGAAAUACAUCGGGGUGUGUGCAUGCAGCUGACAGCAAGACAAGCAAAAGCCACAAUCACCCCAAACAGCAGAGGAUCAGCAGGAGAAGAGCCACAAAUGGCUGGAUGCCUUUGGGUACAGCUUGUGAGAAAGCAGUCUAUGUGGUUAAUGAGCCUGAGCCUGCUCUCCGGAGAAGUUACCAAGCUGUGGAGAGAAAUGGCGAGAUUAUUCGAGUCCGAGACACUGUCCUUCUGAAGUCCGGUCCAAGGAAAAAAUCCAUGCCAUAUGUGGCCAAGAUAUCCGCUCUCUGGGAAGAACCAAAAACCGGUGAGCUGAUGAUGAGUCUCUUUUGGUACUACAGGCCAGAGCACACUCAGGGAGGACGUAACCCCAGUAUGCACCAGAAUGAGAUCUUUGCCUCCCGUCAUCAGGAUGAGAACAGUAUUGCCUGUAUUGAAGAGAAGUGCUAUGUCCUCACAUUUGCAGAGUACUGCAGAUUUUGUGCCUUGGUAAAGCGUCGAAGGGAGGGCUGUCCGAACAUGAAAGUCUUGAUUGUCCCGCCCUCAGAAGAGUAUUGCACCCCCAUACAUCGCAGGGUUCCAGACAGCGCAGGCUCCGAGUUAGUAUUCCUUUGCCGACAUGUGUACGAUUUCAGACAUGGUCGAAUCCUGAAGAACCCACAAUAGUAUAAACUUGAGCUUCAGGUGGAUACGUCUACAUGCAAAAUUGUCGUCGGAUUGCGAGGCCUUUACAGCCCAAGACUUUCAGACAACAUCCCAGCAACACCCCAAGCACAGAGGGGAGAUGGGAACGUCUUGUAGUAGCCACUUGGCUCUGGAUUCAGGAAAAGACACUGGUUUCAGUACUCAGCAGUUGAAAGCACAGCACUUCGUUAGAGAUGAGCAGUAAUUAAAAAGAAAAUGAGAAAAUAUAUAUGUAACAUAUAAAUAUAUAUAAAUAUAUUAAAGUAUAUAUAUAUUAUAUAUAUAUAUUGGGGAAAAAUAAGCCAGUAAAUCAGGACAGGAACCAUGUGUGCAAGGUUGUGUAGAGAUGCGGUAGUGCAUGACUGGACUUAGUUUGGUUCAAAUGCCUUAAUAUGUCACACAGGUCUCGUUAACCCCACAUAGAAGUGACAUUAGUCCUGCACAUUUAUACAGGUUUUGUUUUUAAUUUGUGCGGACUCUCCUCAUUUGUGUUGAGAAGUAUCUGUUGCUUAUAAAGCAUACCUGCUUCCCUUUAUUAAUUUAUAGCACACCCCAGCAAUCAAGUGAUCAAUUUACCACCAUAUAUAUGUUUUAUUACUACUAGAACCCAAGUAAAUUUUAGUUAUAUAUUGCUAGUUUAUUAAUUACUUUUUUUCAAACAAAUUACUUUGAGUAUUGUCUGCAAUGGAAUAUUUGAAGGGUUCCUCAAUAUAAAGUGUACCUUGCUUCCUUCUGACUUGUGAAGCAGUUUAAAGGUCUUUUCUUUUGGCUGUGGUUGGCUGGUUUAAGCUGACCAUACAGUAUUCUAUUUUCUUAACACGUUUUUUUCUUCGACUCUAUACAAUGCGAAUGGACUCCUUUAAUCUUUCAGUUAAAGAUUGUUGGGCAGGAAGGUUGCCGACAGGGUCACCUACCUAGCAAAUUUUGGUUUAAGAGGAGCCAGAUGAAAUUUGCGUUGCUCUUCUUGCGUUUCCUGACACAAGAUGCAUACAGUCACAGAACAUGGAAAAUACUUUUCAGAAUUUUCAGGUACAACUCCGCUGCAAGAUAUACAGUGGAUAUAAAUGCAGCACAUAACGGUGGCAGUUAUUUAAUUGGCUGAAACAAAAGUUUUGAAAACCUGUCAUAACAGGUAAUAGGGUAUGCUAUUCUGUACACAGAUGUAACAUCUCUUCAUUCUUAUUGAUUCCUAUGUUACCUUUACCCUUUAUUAUUGGCUCAGCCCAAAUUAGGUUGCCCCGAGUUCGUACCCAUUUUUUUUACAAGUUAAAAUUAAAGGCAUUGAUUGGAUAAUAUAAACAUUCUUUGACCUCUAUCCCUUCAAUGUAAAAAAAGAGUGUAUCGUCUACCCAUACCACUCCCUUUACCCAACGCUAGAGCAUCAGUGUGUAUCUUCAGUGAAGCUGUAUGCGGACAUCAUUUUGUUCUUUCACUAUUGUAAUGGACAGAAUUGUGUCUGUCAGGCCCUCAUAGCUACAGAAUAACUAGACACAGCAAAAUGCCAGGGUGGGUGGUGAGACUUUCUAUUUUGCUAUACCGGGGAUAUAUUAUUUUUUGUAAUUCUCGUAGAAUUAGUAUUAAUCCUACAUUUCAUUUUCACAUUGAAUGGGCCUUUCUCACAGUGGAAGAACCCUGUUAAUUAACUGCUCUGUGCACAGGCAAACUUGCUGGGUAAUUGCCUAAAAAGGAUAAUAACACUCCACUGCACAGAGGUGAUCAGUAGCAGCGUUUAGCCCUUUCAGGGAAAAGAGUACUUUAAACCAAUAAUGACUUGAAGGAUGCUUCAUUUUCAAGGUAGUGUUUUAUCAAAGUUUACUGACUUGGCCUUCUGAAAGAAAGAUGUCCCCUUCCUUGGCCAUUACAAGAGACCAAUGAUAUGACUUGCAUUGUAAAAAAAAAUCUGCUACCUGAUUGCUCAAUAUGUUUGCCAUUUGCCUUAUGUGUAUACAAUCUAGAUAAACUUUUAUUUAUCAGAAAGACAGAUGUUCAAUUUUAAUGAGUGAAAAAAAAAAUGAACCCACAAACAAAAAAAACACCAAAGGACAUUUAUACCAGAAAACAUGAAAUGAUAUUGCUGGUAGAUAAACUCUGUAGCUUGCACUAAUGAAUAAAUAACACUGUAUCCAUACUCUAGAUUCUGUAAUCACUAGUUUAAAUUGGAGAUCUGCAUUUUCAGUUUUAGCCAAGCCAAAUUUGGAACCCAAAAACCAAGGCCGCAGGAAAGAGUUUCCAGAAACGUGCUUUAAUAAUUCUGUGCUCCCAGAGAAAUUUUGGAUAUUUUGACAAUACCAAAGAGUUCUAUACUUACAAGAUAUUAUUACUGAGCCACCUGGCAGAAGUCCCCUUUUUUUUUUAUAUAUAUAUAUAUAUAUAUAUAUUGCCUGUUUAAUACUGUGAUAUUCGUUUGCAUUGUUUAACAAUUUAGGACUGGAGGGCUGUGAUAAAAUUUAGACCAGUCAGCUGAGAUAUUGGCAUUUAACUCCAUCCAACAUGACAAGUCAAGUGAGCCUAUGAAGGUAUAUUCGUUGAAGCUGUCACCAUGACUUUGUGCAUUUAAUUAAGUUUAAAAUCAAAAUUUCCAUGCUACAUCACUUUUCUAGGGUACUUGGUGCAGUCACUGAAUGAUUCAACUAUCCACUAGGGAAAUGUGAAAUGGUGAGGAGCACUUGAGUUUUAAGAUACCCAAUAAGUAACCAGUAAGUCUAGACACAAAAUUGGCAUUGGUUUUUGUGUCUACACUUACCUGUUAUUGGGUAUCCCAAAACCCGGGUGUUCCUUACCAUUCCCCAUUUUCCUAGUGUAUAGUGCUUUGCAUAUAUUUGGGGUUGAUACCCACGAUUGGGAUCUCUCUGGCCGUAUUUGGGAUAAAUAUAUAUAGCACAGAAUGAUACCCUCAUAGCUUGCCUCAGCAAUUACCACUACCUUAGUUCUGUUCUCAUUGACUCCCUUUUAGCCAAAUUCUGCUAUAUUUAUACUUUUCUGUAAAUUUUCCCUCUUGAGGAUUUUGAUGUGGUCACAGAUUCCCCUGCAAACAAUUACAUUUUUCAACAGCUUUGACCAAACUAUAGAAAAUGGCACCUAUGCCAAGUGUACGAAAACGCUCCGCCAGCACGUACCACAUAGGAGAGCACUUGAGGCUGGAAUACCUGGCCCCAAUAUCAGCUGGUAUCGGCCAGUCCAACAGAAACUGACCGACAUUCGGCCAGUGUGUACAGCAGCCUGUCCAACGAAAGAGCCAGCAGCCAAUUGAGCAGAGCAUGUCCCCCUGUUAGAACACAAUAGCUUAGUGGCGAUAUCACUGAGAACAUCACAUAGUUGGUACAGUGAGCACCUCCCCAGCCUACUGGGUUGAAAG